UAGAAGGAGGCGCGCCCGAGCUGCACGCAGGACACCCGGGCUCACCUAGCCGGCAAGCGGAGAGGCAGCCGCAAGCGAGAAGCGACCGCCAAGCCAAGCCCCCCAGGAGCGGGGAUUUCUCCUAAUACUCUCCCCCCCCCCUCGGAUUUAAAGCGGAUUGUCCUUUUUUUCUCCUCCUCCCCCCGGUAGUUUCCUGGUUUGCGCCCCCGCGCAAUAAUCACCCUCAUAUCAGAGCCGAGCAGCCUCCAGAGACUUGGACAUUCUUGCCCGGAGGAAGGGGAAAGCCCGGGGCCGCUUUCGUUUCUCGGGGCUCGCCUUUCUCGCCUCGCUCGCCCUUCCCUCUCGCCCCCCGCGCCCCAAGGUGGAUCCCCAGCGCGGCCAGACCUUUGCGCUAAAAAUGCCCAUGGAGCUGACGCAAAGCCGCAUCCAGAAGAUUUGGCUGCCGCCCGACAAUCACCCGGCUCUGCCCCGCAGAUCAUGUGGACCUCAGCUGACCAAUUCCCCCACUGUGAUUGUGAUGGUCGGUCUCCCGGCUCGUGGGAAGACCUAUAUCUCCAAAAAGCUGACCCGCUACCUCAACUGGAUUGGCGUCCCCACAAAAGUGUUCAAUGUCGGAGAAUACCGCCGGGAAGCGGUGAAACAUUACAGCUCCUACGACUUCUUCCGUCCUGACAACGAGGAGGCCAUGAAAGUCCGCAAGCAAUGUGCCUUAACUGCUUUGAGAGACGUGAAGCUGUAUUUAUCAGAGGAAGGGGGCCAAAUUGCGGUUUUUGAUGCUACCAACACAACACGGGACCGAAGAGCAAUGAUUAUGCAUUUUGCCAAAGAAAAUGGAUUCAAGGUGUUCUUCAUCGAAUCCAUCUGCAACGACCCCAAUGUUGUCGCCACCAACAUUAUGGAAGUCAAAUUGUCCAGCCCCGAUUAUAAGGACUGUAACUCAGCUGAUGCAAUGGAAGACUUUAUGAAGAGAAUUAGUUGUUACCAGUCGAGCUAUCAGCCUCUGGACCCGGAUGACCUUGACAGAGAGCUGUCGCUGAUCAAAGUGAUCGACGUGGGUCGGCGGUACUUGGUGAACAGGGUUCAGGACCACAUCCAGAGUCGAAUCGUCUACUACCUGAUGAACAUCCACGUUCAGCCACGCACCAUUUACCUGUGCCGACACGGCGAGAGCGAAUCCAACCUCAAAGGGAAGAUUGGAGGGGAUUUGGGCCUCUCCAGCAGAGGCAAGAAGUUUUCCAUUGCACUGAACCGUUUUGUUCAGGAGCAGAACUUGAAGGACCUGAAAGUGUGGACCAGCCAGCUGAAGAGGACGAUCCAGACGGACGCCGGUGUGUGCGAAGAGUUGACUUAUGACGAAAUCAAAGAGAAGUAUCCAGAAGAGUUUGUCUUGCGAGACCAGGACAAAUAUUAUUAUCGCUACCCAUCUGGGGAGUCCUAUCAGGACUUGGUGCAGCGUCUCGAGCCGGUCAUCAUGGAGCUGGAGCGGCAGGAGAAUGUCCUUGUCAUCUGUCACCAGGCUGUGAUGAGAUGCCUCUUGGCCUACUUCCUGGACAAGAGUGCAGAGGAGAUGCCUUAUUUGAAAUGUCCUCUCCACACAGUGCUGAAACUGACCCCCGUGGCCUAUGGUUGCAGAGUUGAAUCCAUCUUUUUGAACAUUGAAGCUGUGAAUACCCAUCGGGACAAACCGGAGGAUGCAAAGAAGGGGCCUAACACCCUCAUGCGCCGCAAUAGCGUCACCCCUCUAGCGAGCCCCGAGCCCACCAAAAAGCCGCGCAUCAACAGCUUUGAGGAGCAUGUGGCUGCCGCCGCUUCAGCUGCUCACCCCGUCUGUAUGCCCCAGGAGGUGCCCGUGCAGCUACCUGGACAACCUUUCCUUGGCAAGGCCUGCCUACGGCCAGUUUGUCACUUUUUCAAAUUUUUUGCUUUGCUCAUAUUUCCCAGAACCUGAGCAUUUCCCACGAUCAGUCCUGAAUUUCUCCAGGCGAUGGCUGGCGAAGCCUCCCAAGGAAAGGCCGGCUCCGUUCGUGUUGCCCAUCUCUGCAUCUCUGGUCCUUCUCCACUCAACUUGAGGGUCAACUUUUCGUUGUCGUCGUUGACUGUCUUCAAAGCUCAUCAUCUGCUCCCUUGGACCUUGAAUUGAACGGAAGGAGGGGAAAGGAAGCCUUUGGGGGGGGGGGGGGGUAUGUGAAAGAAAACAUCUUGCUAGAUUAUAAAUGUGGAUCCAACAUCUGAUCUUUAGGCUUAAUUACUUUUGGGUUUUAUUUGAGGCUUAAUAGACCUCAGCGAGCCAGAGAGACUUUUUCUUUGCACAUCGGAUGUCCUAAGUUGCAGUGGAAGGGGAGGUUAUUUGUCAAGCGACGCCAUUGCCUUGCGGAGGUGGGGGGAGGCCGUCUGUUUCUCUUGCCAGGAUGAUAGUGCGGUGCGGGACAUGGGAAAUUAAGUUAGAAAGGAGUAUGAAAUAAGUGCAUUGUGAUGCUGAGAAAUUUGAUCUCGCCUGUUUGCAUUGCCCACGAUCCUGACCCUUGAAAAUUAGGGCCCAUUUCUAAAUCCUAGGGGGAAAAAAAAUUCUGUAUUGAUUUAAAAUAAUACUACAGUUGUAUCACACACUCUUGAGCCUUAAGGGAACGCAUAUGGAGUCACGUCACCUUGCGUUGGCCUGAGAUUCCCACUCCCCACAGCUGGUUUUGAGACCACAUGGUGAAUUGUGACAGACACCUUUCUUGCAGUUUGGUAGAGGGAGUGAUGGAGGCCGGACCUGGCCGGGAGUUUGUGCUUUUGAUUGAACCAGGAAUGGGGAAGUGCAGACCCCCAUCGAACACACCUGAGCUGCAUGUGGUUUUAAAUUAUCUCCCUACCGGCUGACCCCUUUGAUUCCUUCAAGCUCCCACCCUGGCAGGAUCUAGUGUAAUAAAUCAACUUUUAGGUGUGUGACUAACACUUUUCUGAUCACCCACUGAGGGCUAAUCGUUUUGCGUGUGGUCACGUGAGGGGUUUUUUUUCCCCCCAUCUGAGCUGAGGGGAGGGCUUAGAGCAGUAAAUCGUCCAGAUCACAUCCUCGCGUGCCACAGAAAACAGGUCGUUAAAGCGGCACGCCUCUUGACAGUGGCUUGCUGCGAGUACUUUUUGCGUGUAGGUGGCAGAGUAUUUUACCUCAGUAACCAGGACACAGUCACGUUGGGUGAACACACUGUGCAAGUUUGCACAGUGCUGAUUGCUAGCCUCAUGUCUACCAGGGAUAAGUUGGGAAAGUUUGAAGAAGCGGUGGACAAGCUAGAUAGACAUAUCGAGGACGUGUUAAUGGCCAGUUUCUAUGUUGCGAAGUCUUUUGUGUCCCCUCCCCCUCUGCUAUGGGUACACAGCAAUUGGAGGGCGGCCAACCUGAAAUGGUCCCAAAGAGUUGCUGUUUACACUGUUGGCAAUUCUUGUGAGUAAAUCCCUCAUCCCUUUGCACCCAUGAUCCCAAUACAAAUUCGGCCGCCCCAAGCCCAGGAAUUCACUCUGGACUCACAGAGAACAUAUGAAAUGGCCAGAUGCCUUCAGUUUUUACUGGUUUGUUGGUAGACAAAUAGCAUGAAUUGGCCGUGUGGCCAAUACAAGACGCCCCAGAACUGUUUCUUUUGCAGUUUGCGUGGCGUGUGUUGCUUUGGAUGACAACUUCCUGUCUUUCUUCUGAGCUGAUGCAAGAGAGGCUUGCGUGCUGUAAACAAACAUAUUUUCUCCCCAAACUCCUUUCUUGUUGUGCCAUCUAGGUGGGAGUGGAAGCUUGCAGGCUGUGAAGGGUAGCUGUUUUUUUUUUUCCCUUGGGGCAUAGGGGUGUUCUGUUGAGGUUUCUUCUACACCAGAAUUUGGAGUUUGCCCUGUGUCUGUCCUCCUUCCGAAAUGUUUCUCAUUUGUUGGGUUGUGGGGGAGGGUGGUGGUUGGAUCUGCCACUGACUUUCAAGCGGUCCUAAUGUUAAACUGGGAAGAAAACCCUGAAAUGUUCUAUCACCUCUCAUUUUUGAACACCUAAGUAAGUCCCGUUCCCACAGGCACGUCUGCCUUUUGACCCCUGCCAGAGCAAUGUAUAGCUGUCUGCCCCUUUUCCUUUUGCUUCCAGAGCCGUUCCAAAAUGCUGCCCCCAAAUUAGGGCUGCGUCCCGAACUAAAGAGGCUCUCCCGCAGUCCCGUUAGCAGAGAAUUUCGGGGUGGGGCUUUCAGCCAGGAAAACCUCCCUCCCUGUUCCCUUUCAGGAAAAGGUUGAUCGAUAGGUUAGACUUCCCACUUGCUCGGGCGAAGCGUGGCCGCUUCUGUGGAGGAGGGCAGGCGACCGAAAGGCGAACAGCAGUGCCUUGUGCGCGCGGGUUGUGUCUUACAGUAAGUGCUUUUUUUUUGUUUUUGUACGGUUUUUAUUAAAAGGCUGCGCCAAAGCGAACGGCAUUUGGGCCACGUCUGACCACUGAACAUUUUUACAGGGGGAGGGGGAGGGGCUUGCUAUGCAAGGUGGUUUAUAUGUGUAUAUUAGUGUACAGCCAUUAGAACACUUCUUUUUUUUAGUUAUUUUUAUUGUGUGUGGUUUUGGGAGCGAGUGCUGUGCAUGCAUAGAGUUACUCGUCCCCUUUACUCUUAUCGACUGCUAACUCCAACUGCAGGGUUGGUUUUUUCCCCACUCUCUUCAAAGAGAGAUGUUUUUAGAAGGUGUGGCUUUAACUUGUGCAAGACGCACAUUCCUUCCUCCUCUCCUGCCCCACUAGAUGAAACCAGUGGUUGGCAAGCUGCACAGGAGUUCCCUGCGAUAAAGCGAUUUUGCAGAAUCUCUCUUUCACACGGUUGGGACAAGACGAAAAGGUUAGCGACUCGUAAGAAAGAAACCCUGGAAGAAACCGGAUUAUUUUUGCCUCUGGCAAUCUGGGGGGGGGGUGUGCGUGGAGUGGGGGGGUGCGCUGAUUUUGCUGUUUCGCCGGACAUCACGACGGGUGGGAAACGGCCCUUGAGAACCACACCGAUGAUUUCUUCUUUGAUUGUGUUUUUCCUUUGAUACUUGAAUUUAUAUUUUUUAUCAUAUUUUUUGAUAGCAAAGUGCUAUUUAUUUAUUUAAGCGUAUGUUGCCGAGCUGAGAGGGGAAGAGAAUGGGUUUUUUUUUCCUUUCGACUUUUUUUUUUUGGUGCGGUUAAUUCUGUAUAAUUGAAUUGAAUGUUUUGUUCGUUUGUCGGCCUGAGAUGAAGCUGUGCCAGCUACAGGUCUGCCUUUUGGACGUUUGUAUAUUUUGCAGUUGCUGGAUCAAUAAAAUAUCUUCUUGGAGUAGAA